CCACACGCACACGCACAUGUAUAUAUAUAUAGUAUUUAUAUAUAUGUGGAGAUCAUCGAUCUUUAAGAGCAUAUGGGCAUGGCUGAGUUACAGAAAGAAUCUGUCACUCCGGACAGACCGGCCCCGCCGUCAGCGCCUCCUCUCACAGCCACCGGCAUUCCGGUUGAUCCGCUCAUGAUCAGCAAUAAUACUCCUCAUUCCCCAGUGCCUUGGUCCACUGGGCUCUGCAACUGUUGUGAAGAUGUUAGCAGUUGUUGCUUGACGUGUUGGUGUCCGUGUGUGACAUUUGGACGCAUUGCAGAAAUUGUGGACAGGGGAUCAACUUCUUGUGGAGUAAGCGGGACUAUUUACAGUUUGAUGCUGUGCUUGGUGGGUUGCUCGUGCUUGUAUUCGUGCUUCUAUCGAUCCAAACUGAGAGGGCAAUAUUUGUUGGAGGAGAGGCCCUGCACAGAUUGUUGCGUCCAUUUUUGCUGCGAGGAAUGUGCUUUGUGCCAAGAGUAUAGGCAGCUUCAGAACCAGGGCUUUGACAUGUCCAUAGGUUGGCAUGGCAACGUCGAAAGGCAGAAACGACUGGCUGCAACAAUGGCAUCGCCAUCGCCAUUGCCUCCACAGCUUCAGACUGGCAUGACGCGUUAACUAGACCCACAGCAAAUUGUGAUUCAAGGCCAAUUGUUAUACUGUUAAUGUAAUUUGUAACAGUAAUUUAUUUGUGUUUAAUUUUGCCAAUUAUUUUCUCAAUGAUAUUCGCUUUGAAAUAUAGAAUUUGUAACAUGACAUGAAUUCCUAUGUCAUUAUCGGUUUGAUAAACAACAAAUUAUUAAAAGAAUUGGUGUUUGUACCAUUACUCUCAAA